CGAGUCGCGAUUGACUAUGGAAUCUGCUCUAUUUGUAUAUAACUUUUUUCUUCUUCUUCUUCGUCAACAUAUCAAAUUUACAAAGGAGAUAUAGCAGACCGAAAAAUGGGAGAUUGCAGGCCAUUGGGUUUCUUGCUAGGACUGCCGUUUGCUUUGAUUGCUUUGGUUUUAUCAGUUGUGGGUGCUGUCGUUUGGAUCAUCGGGACUAUACUGAGUUGCUUGUGCCCAUGUUGUGUGUGUUGUGCUGGUCUGGCAAAUUUGGCUGUGGAUCUUAUAAAGCUUCCCAUCAAAGUACUUAAAUGGUUUACUCAUCAGAUCCCUUGUUAAUGCUCAUUCUUAGAUCAUUUGAUUAUGUUUUUUUUUUUUUUUUUUUUUUAUUCUUA